AUGGUGCAGCAAAUGCCUCCUCAAGGGGGGUCGCGCAAGAUCUCUUUCAACGUUUCCGACCAGUAUGAGAUCCAGGAUGUUAUUGGUGAGGGAGCUUACGGUGUCGUUUGCUCUGCUAUUCACAAGCCCUCUGGCCAGAAGGUCGCCAUCAAGAAGAUCACUCCCUUCGACCACUCGAUGUUCUGCUUGCGGACUCUGCGUGAGAUGAAGCUGCUGCGCUACUUCAACCACGAGAACAUCAUCUCCAUUCUGGAUAUCCAGAGGCCUCGGAACUAUGAGAGCUUCAACGAGGUGUAUCUGAUUCAGGAACUCAUGGAGACGGAUAUGCACCGGGUCAUUCGUACCCAGGACCUCUCCGAUGACCACUGCCAAUACUUCAUCUACCAGACUUUGCGUGCGCUCAAGGCCAUGCACUCCGCCAACGUCCUCCACCGUGAUCUCAAGCCCUCCAACCUUCUCCUCAACGCAAACUGCGACCUCAAAGUCUGUGACUUUGGUCUGGCCCGGUCAGCCGCAUCGACCGACGACAACUCUGGGUUCAUGACGGAAUACGUCGCGACGCGUUGGUAUCGUGCCCCAGAGAUUAUGUUGACGUUCAAAGAAUACACCAAGGCGAUCGAUGUCUGGAGUGUCGGCUGUAUUCUGGCAGAAAUGCUGAGUGGAAAGCCGCUGUUCCCCGGAAAAGACUACCACCACCAACUGACUCUGAUUCUUGAUGUCCUUGGCACACCAACCAUGGAGGACUACUACGGCAUCAAGUCUCGUCGGGCCCGGGAGUACAUUCGCUCACUGCCCUUCAAGAAGAAGAUCCCCUUCCGCGCAAUGUUCCCCAAGAGCAACGAGUUGGCGCUUGACCUUCUGGAGAAGCUCCUGGCGUUCAACCCUGCGAAGCGUAUCACUGUCGAGGAGGCGUUGCGUCAUCCGUACCUGGAGCCCUACCAUGACCCCGAUGACGAGCCCACGGCGCCCCCGAUUCCCGAAGGCUUCUUUGAUUUCGACAAGAACAAGGAUGCACUCAGCAAGGAGCAAUUGAAGCUCCUGAUCUACGAGGAGAUUAUGCGGUAA